UGAGUCUGGGCGGAGAAAAGUUGCGGCUGGACGGUGUUCACUCACAUGUCGUGGAGUAACUAAUGUUCACAGUGUCUGUACAGACCCUUAGACAAUGUUAGUAACGUUACCGGUGUGACAAACUUUAUCUUUUGAGCAACGCGAUAAAGGUAAAGUUGGCGGUGGCUAACCUCGACACGGUCCGGGAAGGAAAGGAAGAUUUCUUCGUCAAGAAGGUGAACGCCAGGAUUCACACUGUAAGAGGAAGACUGCCAACCCAAACCUGGGGAGCCACAGGAGCCCUGGGGUGCUGGAAUGGAGCAACUUAUAGAGCAUUAAAAGGAAAGAAGGCAAAAGGAGAGAGGGAGGCGGAGGUGAGCGGAGGGAGGAAAGAUGGCGAGUUUUGGGAAACUCACAGACUACUUUCAUCGCCGUAAGUCUCAAGAGGAGCUGCGGGUGGGCAGGAGCUCGCAGCGCAGUGGCAGUUACUGCUGCACUGUGGCAGAGGCCAGGUCACUGGAAAGGAAGCUGCAGAGACCCAUACUGGCUAAGUCCCGCACCCUCCCCAGCAUCCCCCAGUCUCCUACAGUCUCCAGGGUCCACCACUCUGAUCUCAUUGGUGGGAGUCCUCCUCGCAGAAAGAACCUGCCCGCCGCCACCAGCCACCCAAAGGCCUGCACUCUGCCACCUGCAGGGGAGCUGUGGCGUUUGGAGGAUGACAUGGAGGGCGAAGAUGAGCCUGAGCAUGGUGGGUGCACCGAGGCCCGCCCUCGCUCCCAGUCACCGUUCUCCCACUUCCGGGCGCGAGCUGCCUACCUUCGCAAGAGUGUCUCAGCAGAUGACCACCUGGACAUUGGCUCUGACUACAGCUCCGGGACUGUGGUCGAGAGCAAGCCGAGCCGUGCAGGCAAGGGCAAGCUGAAGAGAAAGUUUAGUCUGGGCUCUGCAGACCGAAAGGAAAAUCAGAACAAGAAGUCAGAGUCAGGGAUCUCCAAAUUUACCCAUCGCUUGUCCCUCAAGGAGCGUGUGGCCAAAACAGACAAGACUUCCACGGACAGACCUCAAUCCUACAGAAGACGAUCUCUCAGUGUCGACUGGGCUGACUCCGCCAAGAUGACGCAGCCCAUGAGGGGGGACCAGGCCCACCAGCCGGCCCCAGCCCGCAAGACGGCCAGCCUGUCCUCGCCAAGCGCAGCUCGCCGCCUAUACCGCAACUUGUCUGGAAAGUUCCGUGUGGGCACCAACCCCCCUGCCCUGGAGGACAGUGUGGUGUCAGGACGGGGAGGAGACAAGGAGAGGCUGCGCAAAACCACCAUAUUCCAGAGCAAUGAAGCGCUGUUUGAGGCAGUGGAACACCAGGAGAUGGACUUGGUACAGCUGCUUCUGUCCCAGUACAGUUUGGAGGAGCUGGACCUCAACACCCCAAACAGUGAGGGCCUCCUGCCUCUCGAUAUCGCUAUCAUGACCAACAACGUGCCCAUGGCCAAGCUGCUGCUGCGAGCUGGCGCCAAGGAGAGCCCCCACUUCGUGAGCUUGGAGGGCCGAGCGGUGCAUUUGGCCACCUUGGUGCAGGAGGCCGAGCAGCGGGUGUCGGAGCUCCAGGCCCAAGUUCGAAGCGAGGGUCCUGGAGAGCGGGAGGGAUCCGACCGUGAGAGGCAGCUAAAGGCCUGGGAGUGGAGGCUCCGGCUCUUCCGACGCAUGCAGACGGGCUUUGAGCACGCUAACCCUCCAGACGCCCCCAGUGUAGUCCGCCUGUCCGUCAGCAGCAGCACCAGUCUGAGGGUGGACUUCCAGGAACCUCUCUGUGUCAACUCUGCUGUAGUUACCAAGUACAAAGUGAGCUGGAGCAGCUCUCCGUCAUUAAGUCCUUUGCUGGGUGAGAUGGUGGUGGAGGACACCACUCUACUACAGUGCAACAUCACUGGACUCACUUGUGGGACCUAUUACUAUGUCCAGGUGUCAGCCUACAACAUGAAGGGCUGGGGGCCUCCACUAGUCUCCACCCCUGCCUGCGCUGUACCUUCCAGCUGGAGGGAUAUCGAUGGCCGCGCUCCACGUCAGAGAGGCCAGAAGGAGGCACUAGACCAGCUACUUGGGCAGAUAAAAGAAGCUCACCGCCACUGUGUCUGCCAUGAACAGUGCAAAGCUCCGUCACAAGGGAGGAAGCACUCAGUAUCCAAAAGCCUCCGCCACCUCUUCCAACCCACCAGCAAAUUUGUUAAAAGCUUGAAAAGAGGUCUGUACCUGACAACCAUACUCUACAGAGAUGAUAAUGUGUUGGUGACUCCAGAGGACCAGAUUCCUAUUGUGGAGGUUGAAGACUCUUACUCCAGCUCCCUCAUGCAGGACUUCCUCUGGUUUACCAAGGUAUCCUAUCUAUGGGAAGAGAUUCCCUGGCUGCAGCAGUGUCUCAGCCCUUCCCAGUCGUCCUGUUCCUGCACACUGCAGACACGCCUCAAGAUGCUGCAGGCUGUCUCCCUUCUACAGGGUAUGCUGGGAACCCAGGACCUUGGUCAGGUAUAUUAUGAGCCAAUCAAAGACAAGCAUGGUAACGCACUGCUGGUGCUCCUGAAGGACAUGAACGCUUGUCCAAACCUGGACGGGGUUCACUGGACGCAGCUUUGCAAACUCCAACUCCAACGCAAGUCUAUCUCUUCCCCCGAAGAGCCCACCGCCUUGGACAUGCUUCUCAUCACACUGCACGAGAAGCUGGCAUAUCACAGGCGGAGCAGGAAGAUGUUAUCUCCAGGUUUAUACCUGGGCUACCUGAAGCUGUGUACAUCAGUGGAGCAGAUCAGAGCGUUGGUGCCCCAGAAACUCCCCAAUGUCCUCUGUCACACCAAAAUUCGGGACAAUAGCAACGUGUCCAGAGAGGAGUGGCAGUGGCUGCAGGCUCUCACCUCUCUGGAGGAGUCGUUGGAAAUGGACCGCGAAGAACAGAGCGCUCCGCAUCGCCUCUUACAGGACCUACGCAGCGCCAUCAAGGACCUGAUGGCACACAUUAAUGUCCCUGGCAAUCAGGUGCAGGACUUCCGUAUCUACAGCCAGGAGGUGGUGGAAUUUGGGGAGAAAGUGUCCUUCCUGCUCCUCCUGCCACCCUCAGAUGAAGUGUGCACAGCUCCUGGUCAGAAUAACCCAUACUCUCCCCGCUCAGGCUUCCUCACCCUGCCCCUGCAGAUCUUUGAGCUAGUCCACUUUAAUGCUUAUUGCCCCAGUUUCAUUGGCCAGUACUGCAGAGUAUCAGCUUUGCUGGAGCUGGAGUCCCUCAUGUCCCAGCAGGCGCUGAGGGAGGCCUUCUCUGAGGCCGAGCUCCUUGCUGCUAAGAAGAAACACCAGCAAGUCCAGGAACACAUGCAGCAAAUGGAGGAGGUUUGGCGUGAUGCGAGGUGGAUCAUGGACGCCUUACAGUAUGCCCGCUACAAGCAGCCAACAGGAGGCAUAUCUAUAAGCUGGAUAAUUGACUUCUCCAAGGAAACGUUGCCGGACAAGCCUCCCUCCACCUCCUCUCAGCCAGAUUUCAUGCCCUCCCCCAUACCUUCACCAGAACCCUGCCGCAAGCACUCAGAUUUUGCUGGACUGUCAGAUGAGGAAGGCUCCUCUGAGGUCUUCCUCACCACUGACAGCGACUACGACUCCAGUCGUGCCCAGAGUCCUCGUGAGCUGGACCUCUUGCCCCCCUCACCCCUCUCAUCUAAUGCGCCACUGGAGCCUCGUGGUUUCCUGCGUAGUGACGGAAGCAGCUCUGGAGGGAUGUGUCUCAAUAGCGGUGGACGCGGAGGCGGGGCGCUAAGGGAUUCCACGCCAGAUGUCCUCCAAGCCUCGGAACCGCAGCACGGGAGGGAAAGCGAGCGGUGUGGUGGAGGAGGUCGGUGUGGAGGGGAUAGACGAAGGGGGGUCCCGGAGCUGUUUGACAGUGACUUCAUCCUGCCCAGCAGGCAGAUCGAGCUGUUGCACAUUACAGAGAAAAGACAGGCCUUCUGUGUGAGAACCAGCAGCCUUGAGUUCCCCUCCGCCACCUCAGCCCACCAGCCUUACUCCUACCACACAACUUGCCCCUCGCCCUCCACCUCACCACAGCGGAGAUGGCACAGACCCUCAUCGGUGGACCGCUGUUGCUCGGCUGAGCGCUGCCUACCGCAUCUUCCACCAGCACGUACCUUAUCAGAGGACAGCGGCACACAGAGACUAUCCUCACCAUCCCCUGCUGCCCUCAGGAAAGGCUGUCACGCCACACUCAGAGUGUACCCGCAGUAUCGCACAGGCCUGCCAAAGGAGACCAGUGUUAAGCUUUGUGUAACACCAGGAACGUCAGCGCGGGAGAUGGUCCAGCUAGUUGUGCAAGAGAUGAACGUUGUGUCGCGGCGCAUUCUCAAUGGCAGCGGAGGCGGUGGUGAACAGGAGCAGUGUGUGUACUACAGUCCUGAGCAGCUGAAGCACUUUGGCCUGGUGCUGGUGGUGGACAAUAGAGAAAAGUGGCUUCAGGAUGAUUUCUGUCCCCUGGAGCUCCAAAACCCUUGGCUGAGGGGCAAACUGUGCGUUCGCAUUAAGGAGUAUUCACCACUAGCGCUCAAACACAGCCGGGCCACCACAGUGUGACACUUCCAGGAGAGAGAACAAAAUCAAGAAAACAAUUCAGAGCUCAUGCCAUGUGCAGUGGAGUAUCCUUGGAAAAAUGUGUAUGGAAAUGAAGGAACUGUUACAUUUGUACAAACAGGCUCCUAAAUUCUACACUGUUUUCUCUCUCACUGUGGUGUUAGCGUCCACAACUGCAGCUACGACAUAUCAUAUUUUCUGCUUUGUUCUUGUUAUCUGAAAAGCUUCUGUUUCCAUGAAAUGUGUUCUCCCGUACGUAGGACCUUUCUUUUUUAUGAACAUCAGAGACCCUCAUAUGGACACCAAAUGAACAAUAACAAAAUGGAACAAAGAGAACACAGUUUUGUGCUGUCAGAAAUCAUUUGGGGAAAAGAUUGUGAUGCAGAGCAAGAUUAAUGGAGCGUCAAUUUGACUUCUGGCAUGAUUGACGCCGGCACAUUGGGCCGCGCACAUUGCCAAAACGACAUGGCCGGCAUCAUCCUCCCCAGCCACACGCGGACACGGCUUUUCCUAUGAACUCUCUCAUUGUGUCAUUCCCAAAGAGCUGUCGGCUGCAGCCGCCCGGCCCCAUGUUCCCAGGAUGUGGGCUCUGGAGCCGGCCCAGAGGGCAGGAAGGAAGAGAGGAGUACAGAGGGGGGCUGGCGUCUCCGCUUGGGGACGCAAUCGGCCCGACGAUUUGGCCCGUCAGCCUGUCACUCAACUGCUCUUGGCCACUGUGCUGUCUGGUAGCAAAGCAGCCAAGCAAGGGAGAGAGAGCUUGAUAGUGAGUGAAAGCGAGAGAGGGCGAGGAGGAGGAGGAGGAGGGUGGAGGCUGCAUCUUUCACAACCUGGCACUGGCUCUCUGGUGCUCUUUUCCUCCUUUUGCAGCAACACAUUCUCUGUAUAGUAGUCUCAGUCGUAGUGUAGCUAACAAAUACACAUCUUGUGAGGAAACAAAAUGAAACCAGCCAAUUUGGAUUUUCACAGCAGAGAAAACACAAGCAAUACUUGACUCUUUGUUUCUCUGAUAGUUGGGGAAAAGCAUGUAAACCUUCCAGAAUUGUGCCGAGUACAUCUCAAGUACUGUAGUUCAUGCUGUGCUAAAAGUUAACCAGUUCAGUGUUUUGUUGUGUUUGGUUCAGUGGUAUUCCCAGAUGGAUCAGAAAAUGGUGCCCGCCAGUCUAGAGCAGGGUCUCCCAAAGGGAUUCCAGUGUGAGAAGGAUGACUUGAGUUGUUAAGAGGCCCAGUGUUUGCCAGCAAAGUAACAUAUUGUAUAAACCAGACUGUCUUCUGAACUGUUAAAAUGAAGUUAUAUAUGAAAGAACUUAACUAUAACAUGGAUAAAAUAUAUGUUUUAGCCCCAAACAAACCACUUUGACCUGCAAUGUAUGUGACAGAUGGAGAAUAGUAAACGCAAAAUGUCAAAUAUAAAAUCUACACACUUGUAGCAAACCACCUCCGGCCAAAAUAUGACAUUAUGGCUGCAGUCAAAUCAUCUUUAUUGCUUAGGAAGUGACCCAGAAGUAUCUAAGGGUGCUUUCACACCUGCUCUGUUUGGUUCCGUUCAAUCAAAUUCAAGUUGUUUGCCCCAUAAGUGCGGUUCAUUUGGGCAGGUGUGAACACAACAAUCGCACUCAGGUUCCCACAAACACAACCGGACCAAGACCUUCUUGAAGAGGUGGUCUCGGUCCAGUUACAAAUGACCUCUGGUGCGGUUCGUUUGUGGUGAGAUUGUGUUCCGACCUCAAUCCGAAUCAACUGCAGUCACAUUACACAUUGUUUGGGUUAUACCUGAGCAUGUUACAGUCCUGGAGGAUUAUUAAUGUGCACCUCCUCCUGUACUGCCUUAAUAUGUGCAUUCGGCGCAGUCUGAUGCCUCAUUUUCAAACUGUAUGGUUUGCCUAAAAUGAACAAUGACAGCAAUAUAAGUACAUGAUGACCAGCACUAAAAUAAGCCUACGUAGUUGUCCCUCCAUUGUGACAUUAGAAAGUGUCACAUUUAUCUUGCAAGUGUACUCUUCUUCAACGUUUUGUUUACUUCCUGGAUUUUUCCCACAUGGAAAUUCUAACCAAUCAAGAGCAGCUUCCUCGCGCAAGGCAUUUGAUCUGGUCAGCUUGUAAAUGCUGCCGUGAGAACACGAACCAACUCUAGGCAAUUAUGCAGCUUUGUAACAAAAUUAGUCCCUAAUUCGGACCAAAGCAAGUGAACUCUAGGUCUGAAAGCACCCCAAGUGACACAUUAUGACACAUCCUUGAUUACAAUGGUUUGGCUCAAAACUGGUGGAAAUGCAAACCUGUUUGCAAGAUAGCACCAUGGUCCCAUGAAUCCUGAACAGAACCAGAGCUAAUUUGGUGGAAAAGGGGCUUCAUUGUGGUCUGUUAGAUAACACUGUGGUUAGUCUGCAGUAAAGAUGCUAGCACAUUAGGGGCCUGUCCCAAUACCCACACUUCCCCUAGAAAUACCCACUUGCACUUGGUUAUGCGCAUUCACGUUUAGGCUAGUGAUGUCCCAAAACAGAAUUGAGGUAGUGGAAGUGGUUUCCAGCACUUAAAACAUGCCAUAGAUUCCAAGGGAGUGGAAGAUGAAAUUUCCCAGAACACCUUGCGAAGUCAGCAAGUUUUGGAAAACAAUUUGUUACUGUACAAUCGGAAUGUAGGCUAUACAAACAACAGAUGGUUGGACUAGUGUAAACUCAUCAGCAACUCAGUUGAACACAGCAUCAAAAUAUUUAAACAAAUCAACUUACCCGAACAAAAUCGAUCAGAACUAGAAGACAUAGUAGGCGCCUCCUGUUGUCAGCAUUUCUUCUCCGUUGAUUCAUCAGAUGGAGAAGAAUAAACAUAGCACCCGCCACAACACAAGCGCUGGAGCCAGCAUUUUCAAACCUGAAUGACUACCGGUAUCUUGCGUCGCUACUGCGCAUGAUGACGCAUGAAGUGGUGUCCCAUUUCUUAGGGAAAGAUCUCUACCCUAAUAUUUCUCACUUCUCUCAUCAAGGGUUAUCUCGCAAAUGAGGGCACUCAAUACCAAGUGGAAGAUUUAAGGGGUAGAAAUAGGAAUGGGCCUAGGUCAAGAGCAGUAGUGCUACAGUAGUUUGUCUACCCUGAUGGGUUGUGGGACCCUUGCCUUGCAAGUCGUAGCGUUCAGUAGAGAGUCUCUAAUCUGUGGAUUACCUCAAUCACCAUCACACUGAUGCAGGUACUUUUGGGAUGAACCACAUUAAUUCUAACUACACAACAAAUAAGGCCUCUUAACAAUCUAAACCAUCCUUAUGAGGUAAUUUUUGGGAACCUAUGCCAAAAUUCAAUUUCUCUGUUCACACAGUACAGUCUGUGAAACUCCACAUAUUGCUCCACAUGUCAAACUGCAGGCUGUUGUGUUUUAUGUUUUUUUUUCCCUAUCAACUGUUUUUCAGCAUAUGAUAACUACCUUUCCUGGCUGUAAAGCAUCAGCACAAGCUCAGCAACGUCAUACUGUUAAAAUUACCUGCAGCAUCUCCAAAUGUAGCACCAGAAAGGUCCAAAAGAGUCAGGGGAGUCCGAUGGGUAGCACUGUAGCAUUCCAGGUUCACAGGAUGUUGUGGAACCUGUCGCAGGGGGGGAGUUAACGGUGGCGUCUCUCAAAGUGUUUACAGAGUUUAGUUUCCUUACACUUUCAAAGAUGUGUUAACGUGUAACUACUGUAUAAAGAUGUCUUAAGAUGUUAUAAGUUGUAAUUGGUUUCACUAAUGGCUUGAACUGUUGUGUUAGCGCUUAGAUGUCUUCUUUAUACACGUUGUUAAAAGCCGUUUUUACAAGGGCCAACUGCAAAAACAAAAAAAAUACAACAAAGAAACCGAACCAUGUACAUAGACGAACAAAGACCAGGGAUUGAAUGUACUGUAUCUGCCCGAAAUGUGAAAGUAGGUGAAUGUGGGGCUGUCAUCACUACUGAGGUCAAAGGUCAGUGAAGUUAUAGGCAGGAGUCUGUCUUAAGAUUAUGCUAAAGGGGGAAGAGGGUGGUUUUGAAUUCCCUUUCCAGUCGAAAAAUAUAGUAAAGCCCCAUGUUUACAAGGAGCUGUUGGCAGAUCCAUCAGGCGAAGUCAUGAAGGAGACAUCACGUCACUUUUUUAAAAUCUAUUUUUAUUGAACAAUAA